AUGAAAAAAAAUUAAAAUUAAGAAUUAAUAAAUACAACAUAAUCUUGUACAAAAUAAAGAAAAUCGUAAUAAACUCCUAAACUAAGAUCUAUGUUUUAAGAAAUAAUUUAAUUAACUAAAAAAUUUUAAGAUAAAGAAGAUAACUUCUUAUGUCAAACAGAUGUUUGGAAAGAGCAUUUUACAAAGAUUAUUGGGAAAGAUAAUUUCAUGUUUGAAAACAAUUUAGAAAAGAUUGAAAUUGUAUUGUUUGAAGUUAUAAUUACUAUGAAUAAUGGUUAUAUUUUUAAUUUGGUUUUAUCAAUAUUAAAUUAACUUUUUACUUAAAAGAAAUAACUUUUAUAAAAUUUGGAAAAAAUAAUACUUAUUAAUGGAGGCUUGCCUGAAUAAAUUACAAAAUCAAUACUUUAUUUUAGAUAAAAAUUCGAAAUUUUAAAAGACAAAAAGAUUUUGGAAGUUAAUAUGAGAAACUAACAUGAAUUAUUUAAUUAUUAUAUUUGGAAAGAUUGCGAUUCUUUGAAUUCUCCUUUAUAAUAGUCAAAUGUUAUUAAAUAAAGUUAAUAAUACCAUGAAGAAAUUGCUAAAAAUACUAGUAAUUUUAAUAGCAGUUAGCUAUUUUCAGAAAUUAAAAAGUCUAAUUCGAUAGUAUAAUAAUCUUAGGAGUAAAAAUAAGAAAACUUGGUUGAAAUUCAUUAAAGUAAAUAAAGUUAGCUUUUAUUUAAACUUUUAUAAGCAGUUUAUAAUUAUUUGGGAUUAUUAAUAUGGAAUAAUCAUGAAUCAAAAAUGGCUAUUUUAAAAUAUAGGAAAUUAGCAAUAGAGCAUUUGUAAUAUAAUGUAGGAAGUCUAGAGUUUUUAAGUAAUUUAUAUUCAAAUACAAAGACUUUACUUUUAAAUAUGGACGAAGUUUCAAAAAUAAGUUAUUAAAUUAUAUAGCUUUCUGAUGGAAUUAGUUUAAAUAAUUAUUUUAAAAGCUAAUCUUUAUUUUUUUUGAAAACUUUACUUAUUGUAAAUGAUAAAAGUAUAAAAUGUAAUUAAAGAAUAAUCUUGUAGAUUUUAUAAAAAAGUGAAUUUUCAAAUGUAUUGAUAUUUUCAAUCAAUAAAUAGAUUUUAAAUGAAAAUUAAAUUUAAAAAUUAAUUUAAAAUUUCGAGACAUAACUUAAUAGUUUAAAUAAUUAAAAUAUAGUUAUUACUAUGUCUCCUGGGUUACUUUAUUUGAUUUCCUUUUUUUCACUUUUUGCUGAUCUUGUCGAAGAUUAGAAUUAAAUAAAUAUUCUCAAGUGUAGAAAAAUGCACACUUUUUCAUAUUUAAUUAACUUAUUGAAUAUUAGUAAAAAAUGCAUUCCUCUAAAGGAAACUAUAAGAACCUAUAUAAAUAGACUUUAUUAUAACCAAGAAGAUAUGAUUACUGAAAUUAUUUAUUGUGAUUUUGAAAUGAUGAUUAAUGAUAUUGAAGAGUAUCAUUAGAUAAUUAGUUAACAUAAAGAUUUAUAUGAAUAGGUUUAUUUUUCUCAGUUUUUAAAAUAUAAAUAUUUUUAUUCUUAUACAUUAAUUAAUUUUGAAGAAAUUAUACUCAGCUUAUAUUUUUUAUUUAAUAAUUAAUUAUUCGUGUAACUUUUUAAUGAAGAAUUAAAUAAAAAUUUCAAUAGAAAUAAAUUCACUUUACAUAUUUAAAUGAUUGAUUUGGCUGAAAAAUUAAAAGUUGUGUUCGUAACACAUGAUAUUCAUAAAUAAUAAUAAAAAUUAAUUGUUAAUUUUUUAUAAAAAACUAUAUCUUAGUUUGAUAAUAUUAUUUUUUAGAUUCGGGAAAAUAUCAAAAAUGGUCAAUAAUAAUAAAAUAUGCUUUAUGAGAAUAUAAGAAAGAAUAAUAAGUAUUUUUUUUAUAUAUAUAUAUAUAUAUAUAUAUAUAUAUAUAUAUAUAUAUAUUUAUAUUUAUAUAUUUAUAGUUCUAUUAAUUUUGGAUGUAUGAGUACUUAUAAUAUUAAUACUAAUUAAUCUUUUGCUCUUAUUAAUACUGAUGGCUCUAAAAAUGUUUCUGAAGAUGAAUAAUAAAACAUUUAAUUGAAACUUGCUUGCAUGAGUACUUUAUUUGAUGAUGGAAGAAGUUGUAAAAACAAUUAUGCGAAAUCUCUUUAAGUAGGAGUAAAGAAAAUGUUGAGGUUAUAUUUAAAUGAUGAUGAAGAAGAAAAUAAUGAGUGUGAAGAGGAAUAAUCUAAGAAAUAAAAAAAAUUAUAUUCAAUUAAUAUAGAUGAUUCUAAUAAAUACUUAAAUAACAAAUUAAUUAAUUUAGCUUCUUAUUUAAAAUAUGAUCCUUCAUUUACUUAAUUUUUAAAUAGAGAAUACGAUUAAUUGUAUGAAACUGUAACUAAUAUAGAAUAACUUAGUAAAUAAUUUUACAACUCAGAAAUAGAGAUUCUUAAUAAGAAUUUAUUUAUAAAAAAUAUAAUAAAAUUUGCAAUAGCAAAUAAAAAUUUAAACGAUAAUUUGCAUAUUUUUUAUUUAGAAAUUUUAAUUAAAUAAAUUACUUAAUGUAACCCAAAUGAUUAAGAUGAUCCAAUAAGUGUUGAUAUGUGGGAAACUGAAUAUUGGAUAGGACGUAAAGAACAAAUAAAAGAUGUUUAGGAUUUAAUGCAUAGUAUGGGAGCUGCUAAAUUAUUAUGUGAUUUAUUAAAAUAAAAAGGGUUGGAGUAAAGAUUGACGUUUACUAAUGAAGUUUUACUUUUUGGAAUAAGUAUUUUAUUAGGAGGAAAUUAAAAAAAUUAGAAUGAUAUAUUACAAAUAUUGUUAGAAGAUUAAGAUAAUAUAAUUUUAUAAAAUAUUAAUGCUUUAAUUUAAAAAUUAGGAAAAGUUAUUUAUAGAAUAUCUAAAGAUAAGCUAAAAAAAGGUCUUUAGACUAAAAAAAAAUUAAUUAUUGUAAAUAAUUUUGAUUAUUAUGAUAAAUAGAAAAAAAUUAUGCUUAGAAAAUGUACAUCCGAACCUGAUGAUUAUUAAGAAAUCUAUUUUUUAAGUUUAUGUAUGAAUGUCUUGUAGAGAAUCUUUAGAUUUUUGCAGUUAAGCUGUGAAAAUAAUAAUAUUUAAAUGAAAAAUUUCUUUCGGACAUAAGUAAAUGUAAAUCAAUAACCUAAAUCUACAAAUAUUAACUUUAUAAAUAUUGCAAACUAAACAAAUAGAAGUUUUCUUAAAAUAAUGAAUAAAGAUUUAACUUUAAUUCCUAAUUUUAUUACUCAAUUUCUUAUUGAAGUUACUUAAGUUCCUUGUUUAUUGAAUUAAUUUUCAUUAGCGGAAACUACUUAUUAUGAAGAUAUUUCUAUUCUUUCUUAAUUCUUUAAAUCAGAAUAGAAUCGUAUAAAUAGAUAUUUCAGAACAGAAGAAGAAGUUGAUUAAAUAUAUGCUUUAUAUAAUAAAGUUAUUAUGAGUGCUUUAGUAGUAUUAGAAGGUACGGACGAAUAAAUAUAUAAAGAAAUAAGUAACAAAUUAUACAAGAGUUUUUUAAUUACAGUAAUAGAGAGAAAUCUAAGUAAAUUAUAAGUAUAAAACUUAUAAUAACUUAAAGAAAAUGAAUAAAAGAAAUAAUAAAAUGGUAAUUAUGAUAAUUUAAUUAUUGAAAUAUUAAACGUAUUAACCAUAAUAAGAAGAUUUUAGGAAUUCGAUAAAGAUGUAAAAUAAGAGUUUAUAUCGUAAUUAAAAAAAUACUAAGAUAUAGUAAAAUAUUUAGACUCAAAAAUAAUAUCAAUAGAAAUUUUUUACCAAAAAUAAUAUAAAUACGUAUAUUUUCCUUAUAUUCCAUUAUUUAAAUUUCUAUCUGCUGAUACAAAAGACUAUAUUAUGAUGAAUGUAAAUAGAGAAACACAAAGAGAUAAAAUAAUGGAUUUACUUUAAUUUAAAAGUUUGGUAUUUGAUGAAAUAGAACAUAAUUAUAAAUUAAAUCAAUAUAUAAUUGCUGCUACAGGGGAGAAAAUAUAAUUUAUAUAAAGUUUUAUUGUUUAUCUUUCAAUUUUAAUAAAUCUAUUAAUUAUUUUAAAUAUUAAUAUUAACUUUAAAUCCCUUUAUAAAAUGGAAUUCACUUUUUAUGGACCUAUUUCUCAUGUUUUUAUAUUUUUGAUAAACUUAGUUUAACUAAUCUCGAUUGUCCUUCUUAUUUUAUUCACUGCAAUUAAUUAAGUGCCAUCGAAGUCAGAAAAUAAUACUUUUUGGAUUAAAACUAAAUAGUUUUUUAAACAUAACUAAUUUGCUCAUUUACUUGUUUUAUUUUUGUCCUCGAUAUUAGCUGACUUUUUCCAUAUUAAAUAUUUGGUUUUGAGUUUACCUUAUGCUAUAUCUAUUUACGGUAUGGUAGAAAAUAUUUAUUAAUCGAUUUUCUUAAAAAUAAAAUAACUCAUUUUAGUGAGUUUUCUUGGAGUUAUGUUUUUAUAUAUGUUUAGUGUUAUAGCCUUUGAAAAUUAUAUAUAAGAAAUUUAUAAAGAAAUAUAGGUUAUACAAGAUGAAGAAACUUGUAAUUCGCUUGUUUCUUGCAUGAUUACUUUAAGUCUUUCGGGAGUUGUAGGUAGUUCUAUGUCUAAUUGGGAUACUAGUACAUUUAUUUAUGAUACCCUUUAUUUUAUUUUCGUAACUGUUCUUUUUAUGAAUAUUAUAAGUGGUAUUAUGAUCGAUACUUUUGCAGAAAUGAGAGAUAAAAGAAAUUCUAUUGAUUAAGAUAAAAAAAAUAAAUGCUAUAUUUGUGGAGUUGAGAGAACAACUCUUGAUAAUUAAGAAAUUAGUUUCGAAGAACAUAUAAGAACUCAUGAUUUGUGGAAUUAUUUAUUUUAUAUCAAUAGCCUAUAAAAUAAAGAAAGUACUGAAUAUACUGGACUUGAAUAUAUUAUUUCUGAUAAACUAGAAAAUGAAGAUAUAUCAUGGAUUCCCAAUAUGUCAAAUCUAAACAAUUGA